ACUGCCCAGAGGCUCCUGCCCCGAUUUGUCGCCAGCCUCCGGUCCCUGUGGUGCCAAAGCAGAACAUGGACAUCACCAUCCAGCACCCCUGGUUCAAGCGUGCACUGGGACCCUUCUAUCCCAGCCGGCUGUUUGACCAGUUUUUUGGUGAGGGCCUCUUUGAAUAUGACCUGCUGCCCUUCCUGUCCUCCACCAUCAGCCCCUACUACCGCCAGUCCCUCUUCCGCACGGUGCUGGACUCUGGCAUCUCUGAGCUCAUGACCCAUAUGUGGUUUGUAAUGCACCAACCACAUGCUGGAAACCCCAAGAGCAACCCUGGCAAGGUCCGAUCUGACCGGGACAAGUUCGUUAUCUUCCUGGAUGUGAAGCACUUCUCUCCUGAGGACCUUACUGUGAAGGUGCUGGAGGACUUCGUGGAGAUCCACGGCAAGCACAACGAGAGGCAGGAUGACCACGGCUACAUUUCCCGUGAGUUCCACCGCCGCUACCGCCUGCCUUCCAAUGUGGACCAGUCGGCCCUCUCCUGCUCUCUGUCUGUGGAUGGCAUGCUGACCUUCUCUGGCCCCAAGGUCCCGUCUGGCCUGGAUGCUGGGCACAGUGAGAGAGCCAUUCCCGUGUCACGGGAGGAGAAGCCCAGCUCUGCACCCUCAUCCUAAGCAGGCCUCAGCCUUGGCUGCCACCUGCGGUCCCUGAUCAUCUAGCCCGGGGGUCCACAGAAAGGUGUCUGCUUUCCUUUCUUUUCCUUUUCUUCAUUGCCUUUUCAUCUUCUUAGAGGGAACGAGGGUUUGAGAGAGCAGCUU